AUGAGCUCUCGGACCAUCUUGAUCAUCAUGGGAAUAUUGAUAUUGGUCGUCCAGGCCGGCGACCAAUUCGCGGAAGCACCAUUGACCAGAAUCUACGAGUCAAUCUACUGCUACCAAUACUGGGAGCAAGAAGAUCCAACUAAGAUUCUGAUGUCUCGAUCAGCUGUGGGACCGGGUGCACUUGGUGGUGUUGAAGAACGGUGGUGUAAGGUAGCUGAAGUGCAAGGCAAGCUUGCCAUGCUGAAGGGCACUCAACAGUUUCUAGAUUGCAUACCUAGUCUUCUCCUAUCUAUACCAGUCGGUAUUCUAGCGGACCGCUGGGGUCGGAAGCCAAUAUUGGUGGCCGGUCUUUGCGCUUUCCCCCUUAGACUAGGAUGGCAGAUGAUUAUUUCUUGGUUCUGGCAGAGCUUCAGUUUACGGGUCACAUGGUUCUCAGCAUUACAUGCUCUAAUAUUUGGAGGCUCGCCAGUUCUGUCAGCUCUGUUUUUUGUCAUCAUCUCAGACAUCACCGAUCAGGAAACAAGAUCUGCCAUCCUCUUGCGUAUCUUCGCCGCGAAUAUGAGCGGUAAUCUUCUGUGUCCGCCUAUCUCGGCUUGGAUCAUGACACGCAAUCCCUGGGGAGCGCUUUUCCUAGGGCUAGCAUGCAAUUGCAUAGGAGUUCCUCUGUCGCUCUUGAUUCCGGAGACCCUUGGAUACCAACAACAUAUGAAAGCUGAGCAUAAACAUAGUGACGAGGAAGAGGCACCAUCCUUGUCGAAGAAACAAGCCAUGGGCUUCCUGGACCAAUGCUACAAGCCUCUGAGCGAGUCUAUGGGAUAUUUCUCGCAAGACGGACGAGUCGUCAUCUUGAUCCUCCUUUUUGUACCAAUCAUGUUAUCAUGGAGCACCAUUCCGCUGUUGUUGCAGUACGCCAGCUCACGAUACGGCUUGAGCUUCGCUACCGUAACUAUCCUGCUGACCGUCAGAGUUGGAGUCACCAUUGCCAUGUUCCUGAGCGUUCAAUCGUUCGUCUUCCGUCUCCUCGCAAAUGCCGGUCUGAGUGGACAGAAACGGGACCUCUUCCUUGCCCGGAGCAGUGUUAGUCUGCUCAUCGUUGGCUGGAUCGCCAUUGGCUUGUCUCCCACCCCCAUUUUCUUCACUGCAUCCUUGAUGAUUGCAAGCUUAGGACAAGGUUUUCCGGUAUAUCUUCGCUCCUUUUUGACAGGUCUGGUCGAGCCCAACAAGGUUGCAGAGCUUUACACUAUCAUCGGUGUUGUUGACACAUUGGGCCUGAUGGUUGGUGGACCUCUGCUCGCUUGGCUGUUUGAGAGAGGUAUGCAGAUUGGAGGAGCCUUCGUGGGGAUGCCGUUCGUUGCAUUGGCCUUGGUCUACGCUGUUGUGGUGGCAUUCCUGCUGAGAAUUGGUUACCACCCGCGUGAGACCGUGGUCGAAGAAGGUUCCGACUGA